AUGACUGCAUUUUGCAUUGUUGCAGGCUUUGGCGCUAUCAUGGCUUACUUUUACUCUAUGGAUCCAGUUGUUGAUUUUGCAGUUGACAAAGUUGACGGAUUCGGUUAUUCAAACAGAAAGUUCGAGGAAGCUAAACUUCUUUUCAACAUCUCAGCAGAUUUUUCAAAAUUAGUUCAUGUCAAUACUCGCCUCUUUUAUGCAUACAUCGAAGCCGAAUGGGAAACAAGCAAUGGAGUUAAUAAACACCGUUCGAUUCUCUGGAAUAAACUUGUUUAUCGUGAAAAUCCAUAUGUUAAUCUUACAAGUACUGAAGGAAGCUUCACUUUCCGUCAAGUUGGUGAAUCAAUGAAAGGAAAAACAAUUAAACUUUACUUCCGCUUCCAACUUGUUCCGUUCAUUGGCUUCUUUAAGACAGCAACUGUUAAAUCCAUAGAAUUUACUCUUCCAUCAGAGCAUUUCAACGCACCAACUAUCGACGUAUUGUACUAA